GUAUAAAAUAAAGUAUGCAAAAAAGAAACAAGAGUGUCCGCACCAGUUUUAUUUGUGUUGUAACUUAGUGCCAUGGCAACAUUUUGUUGGUGGAUACCGUGAGUGCGUUAAUCUAAGUAGCCUUUGACAGUGAACAAAGAUGGAUACACAUGAACACCAGCCAACUUCAAAUGAACUUCAGGACCGACGUCAAGCUCUAACCGAAGAAAAUUUGCAGCUGCUUGACAAAAAUGAAAGGCUUUUCAUCAAAGUGGGCUACCUGGAGAGCAGACUGGGCCACCUGGCCAGCUCCAACACAGAUCUGUCCUGUAGGCUUGUCAAGAGUGAAGAGGAAAAACUAAAGAUAUCUAAGGAGCUGGUGGAGGAGAAAAUUCAGACAAACAAGAUGAGAGAGCAGUUUGAAGAAGAGACAUUUGAGCUGAAAAACAAGAUAUUGAACCAAGCCGGUGUAAUAACAGAGCUUGAGAUGGAGCGAGACAAGUUAACCAGGGAACUCCAGUCACCUGAGGCUCGUCUGAAAGUGGGAGAGAUGAGCGGUCAAAACCUGACAGAGGAUUAUGCCACACUGAAGAAGAAAUACCAAGCUCUGGCUCAGGCCCAUGAUAAAGAGCUGGACCAGAGUGAAGAGCUGGCCCAGGACGCCCUCCGUAGGCAGCUGGAGGAGCAGCAGCAGAGUGUGAAGUCUACCACUCAGGGCCUGCAUGGUGAGCUGUACAGGGUGCGGGCCUUGAUCAGCCGCAUGUCGUGUAACAGAGUCAAGCUUGAGGAUCUGUCAGCUUUGGACAAGGAGCAAAAAACUAUGGAAAAAACUCUACUUGGAAACCAAGAUGAGAUCAAAGACAUGCUGGAGAAAAUGAAGAACAGCUAUGAGGAGCAGCAGAAGAAACUGGAGGAGAAAGUGGUGGCAAUGGGAAGAGAGCACCAGGAGAACAAGAGAGCCAUCCAUAAUAGCCAGCAGGAACUAUCUGAGCGGAGUGCGGCCCUGAUGUGCUCUCAGAGCCAAGUGAAGGAGGUAGAAGAAGAGAACUCAAAGCUGCAGCUUCAAGUCAAAGAGCUGAAUGAGGAAUACCGUGCAAGGCUUGUGUGCUAUUUACAGGACUUAGCUGAGUACGUUGAUGGACUUGGAGAAGGUAAAAUCCCUUCAGAGACGUCCAAGAUGAGGGCAUUUGUGGACAGCAUGCUCCAGGAUGUUCGCUCAUCCUACAGGGUCAGGGAGGAACAGCUCGCCUCUGCUGCUCGCUCCUAUAAGAAGAGACUUCAGAACAUCACCAAGACCCAUCAUGCUCUCCUUAUUGCGUAUAGGGUUCAGAGGGAGCAGAUCUUGGCCAAACUGGAGAGCGGUCUCGACCCUGGACCCCCAGAAGCCCAUUUCAACCUGGAGCCCACUGAGCUCAGAGAUGAAACUGAGAAGGAGCUUCAGCACCUUCGCCAGGACAAGGCGAGACUGGAGGGUCAGCUGCAGGCAGCCCGGGAGCAGGUGGCUAUGCUCAAAAUGCCUGUUCAAAAUUUAAGCCGUAAGGAGCCAGCAAACCUGGAGCAGAUAUGCGAGGAAUCCUGGUCGGACAUAAGGAAACAGCUGAAAGAGAUCACAGACUCUACACUGGUGGGUUUUGAGAAGGAGCGCGCCCUUCUCAUGACCAGAGCAACAGUUGCAGAGGCGCAGGUGUCCGAGUUGCAGGACUACAUUGAUAACCACUUGGGCAGGUCAGGAAGUCACUUGAUGUGUAAGUCAUGUAAUGUUCACUUUCAGAAGAGCGUUACAUUGAGCUUUACCACAAUCUGCAGGUAUAAAGAGGAGAUCUCACAUCUCUGCAGACUGCAUGGAAUACAGGAGGUGGUGCGUUCCCAAAGUGCUAAUUCAUCACUCAAUUAAGAAAACUGGUCACAAAAUCUGAACCCCAGUCAUAUAUUGCAAUAUAAUUUAAAAUUACACACUUUUUAAGUUUUAAACCUCAAACAUAUUAAAUCUGAAAAUGAAAACGUAUAGUCUUAAACAUUUCUUUCACUGAAAUCAUAUGCAAAUCAUAUGUAAACCAGUGUAAGCUGGUUUCAUUCAAAUUACAAUAUUUGAUUGCUUUUUAAGUGGAUACUAAUUAUAAAUCUAACUGAAUAACUUGUUUUGACCGGAGAGCAUAUGUAUUGUGUGCAUUUACACCAUCACUAGGUGGUGCUGCUCAUACUGGUGGCUUUCUCCAUGAAAGGCCCCCAAAGAAAUCCGUCCUUGAGAAAAAAAUGCCUGGAAUGUUUGUAAAGCUUAUGUCAAUUUCACGAGCUCGGGAGAAGAAAGCGUGGUGACAAUGAGGGGUCACCCUGGUGAGAAUAAUGUCAUUACAUGUUACCCAGACACAUACACGCCCAUCGGGCUGAGAACUGUGGCACAAACAAGCCAAGCUUUUUCCAGAAUGAGGGUUCAUAUUUAUAACCUCAGUGUUGGUGUGAAUAGGCAUGUAUUGCCUUUAAAUCCCUUUAACAGUGAAAGGGUCAGCAUUUUUUUCUAGUGUGUUUUGGUAGCUGGGUUUUCAUUGGUGCCAUCGCUGACAUAGCUUUAAAAUUGGAAAAUCCUUUAAAAAGUAUUUUAAAAGUUGAAAGGUUUGGUUAAAGAAUGUCAGUACUUUUUAUGUCGAAAAAGAUAAAAUGUUGAAGCUAAAAUACUCUGGGGAAUGAUGGGAAAAGUAGAGGAGAUGGAAAGAGUCAUACGCAUGUCACCCCAAUCCUCUUUUAAGGGGGCAUGCCAGCCGUGGGAGGAGGGGAGCAGGGGUGUGAAAGUUUGAGAGGAAUGGGAAGUGGGAUUUUGUUAGUAAUGUAUUACACUCCCAGGGCCCUGGGAAAAGAGGUGGGGGGGGUGUUCAGCUUGGGUCUGUGCCAACAUAGUCACUGUGACAAAGCGCUGGGUGCUGGGGACCACUCCUCUCACCGGCAGAUCUGUGGGAAAAUCAAAACCAGGUUGUUCUUUGCGCUCAGCCAAAAAAGAUGGUGAGAGACGAUGUGCCUGCAGAGGCCUCUGCAAACAUACAAAUAAAAUUCACUCUAAGUAAACAAAAAGCAAGAAAAGUAGUAGAUAAGUAGUAGAAAUUGUAACAUUACAAAUGUUGAGGUUGAAGUCUGGUGCACCACAGCUGGUCAAGAAGGCAAAGAGCCAAGUUUUUUCCUAACUUGGAGCAUUUUGGAAAAGUUCACUUCUUGGACUCUGAACAACUUUUUAUUUACCACUAUAUGUGGUCACUAUUAUGAUGUGAAUACUGAUCAUAAUAGUGAUUAGCUUAGAUUCAACUGGUCUAAUAAAUGUGGCCAUGAAAAACAGCUACCAUGUUGAAAUGCUGUAUUGUUUAGUCCCACAAAAAGGAGUGGUUGGUGAAAUCAUCUGCAGU